GUUAUACUAAUACUAAAUUCUUUUAAUUUAUUUUCAUCAAAUUUAUCAUCGGUGCGAACGUGCAACCAAAUCUUGCUCCAAGCGUUGCGCCGAUAACUAUGGGACCCAAUAGUAACGUAUCUAUGUUUUACAAAACUGCCGGAGGUGAAACUUUCGCUGUGGGAACAAUCGGUAGAUAAUAAAACUGCAAUUUCCAAGUGGAUAGAUAUGGACCGAUUUCUUUCAAAUAGGUUCCAAACGCUUGAAUCGGUCUCAGGUUUAAGAGGAAUCACGGCUAUGAAACCCUCAAAGGCUCCGAACUAUAAGCAUACCUCUGAACUUUCGCAUAAGAGACUUGGCGCUUUUCAAACAAGUGUCGUUAAAUAUAUGUGCAAUAUGUGCCAGUGUAACGAACACAAGGUGCAUCUAUGUCCAAGGUUCCGCAAAUUAACCGUAGAAGACAGAGUUGCUUUCGAAAAAAACAAUAAUUGUUGUGUGAAAUGCCUCGCCUUUAGACAUUUGGUAUCGAAAUGCACUAGUUCGUUCAAUUGCGCCACCUGCCAUUCUCGAAAUCACUCACUCCUACACGUUCAAACAGCACCUCCAAAGGAAACAAAUUGGAAUGAGAUUUCUGAACCUUUGGAUACUUCAGCGUCCACGUCCGGACAGGCUCAAAUGCGACGCGAAUCUACAAUAGGCAAAAGCAAAACUGUUAAUAAGUUGUUAAAUGCUGGAAAACUUAAUAAAAUCCUGGCGGGCGAACUGAGGGAACAGUAAAGUAUUUUUUUUCACAAAAUAAGCACUGUACGAUAGUUAAUAAAGAAAUGGAGCAAGUAGAAGUAGGCGAGUUGCACCUUAUGACUUGAUACUAAAGGCGUAUUCAGCGUUCGUGUUAAUAAAGAAAUAGUUAAUAUGUCGUCCGGAGAAGAAAAUUUUUGCUAUGGCGUCGAUAUCUACUGCCGUUUUUGAAUAUCCACACGAGCAAGUGGAGUAGGGGAGUUGCACCUUAUGGCUUGACACUAAAAGUUAGAGCAGUUGUGAUGCCAAUCCACGACCUAAAUAUGUACAUAUGAAGGGUUAGUUAAUGGUCUC